AAGUCACAAUGGGAAGCAACAAAUUUCCAUGGUAUAAAAAUGGCUGAGUGGUCAGGGGCAGGGCUUCCUAGGGGUGUUUAUAUCAUUAUUUUAUUCAUCACUUUGACACUUGAAUAACACCAAGCAACACCCCCACCGCUUCGGGUUUCUGCGAAAGCUUAAAUUUGCACUAUAAACUCACACUUUUCUCUCUUCAACUCUUCAACUCUUCAAAGAUAUUUACAAGAUGGCGGCAACGUCAGCAGCUACCUUUUCAGCUGGAUCUACUGUCGCCUUCGGCACCAAAGCAAGCCAACUCCCACAAUCAAAACCUUCAGCUGUAAGAUUCAAGUCCCAGAAAUCACUUGCAACCUUCAGUGGUCUCAAGGCAGCUACGUUUGUGAAGUGUGAGUCAGAGUCAUCUUUCUUAGGCAAGGAAAGUAGCGCAGCCCUUCGAGGCUCUGUUGUACCAAAAGCUCAAAAAUCAAGCCAAAAGUCACAGUAUCACCUAAACCCACAGGCAUCUUACAAAGUGGCAAUUCUUGGAGCUGCUGGAGGAAUAGGCCAGCCCCUAGCACUUCUAGUUAAGAUGUCUCCAUUGGUUUCAGCCCUGCACCUCUAUGAUAUAGCAAAUGUCAAGGGAGUUGCUGCUGACAUCAGUCACUGUAAUACCCCUGCGCAAGUUUUGGAUUUCACAGGGGCUUCUGAGUUACCCAAUUCUCUGAAGGGUGUCGAUGUUGUUGUCAUACCUGCUGGGAUUCCAAGGAAGCCUGGUAUGACCCGGGAUGACCUCUUCAACAUCAAUGCCAGCAUAGUGAAGAACUUGGUUGAGGCUGUGGCUGAUAACUGCCCUGAUGCUUUCAUCCACAUCAUCAGCAAUCCAGUAAACUCUACAGUGCCAAUUGCAGCUGAAGUUUUGAAGAAGAAGGGUGUGUAUGAUCCAAAGAAGCUCUUUGGCGUUACUACACUUGAUGUCGUGAGGGCAAAUACAUUUGUUGCUCAGAAGAAAAACCUCAAGCUUAUUGACGUGGAUGUGCCAGUGGUGGGAGGGCAUGCAGGGAUAACUAUUCUUCCCCUUCUAUCAAAGACAAAACCCUCUGUUAGUUUCACUGAUGAGGAAGUGCAGGAGCUAACUGUAAGGAUCCAGAAUGCAGGGACAGAAGUUGUGCAGGCAAAGGCAGGGGCAGGGUCUGCAACCCUGUCAAUGGCAUACGCCGCAGCCAGAUUUGUCGAAUCUUCUCUUCGUGCUUUGGAUGGGGAUGCUGAUGUCUAUGAGUGCUCGUUUGUGCAAUCUGAUCUUACUGAGCUUCCAUUCUUUGCUUCUAGGGUAAAACUUGGAAGGAAGGGGGUUGAAGCUCUCAUUUCAUCUGACCUCCAAGGGCUGACUACGUAUGAACAGGAGGCACUGGAAGCUCUCAAGCCUGAACUGAAGGCCAGCAUUGAGAAGGGUAUUGCAUCUGCUCAGAAGCAACCAGUUGGUGCAUAGAGUGAGGUCAGUUAUAAAUGCCAUAACCAAACCGAGAUGCAGGAGUUAUCGAGGUUGAUAAUUCUUGUUGCGACACAUCACUACAUCAGCACUUUCAAGUUUUGUAGAAUUUUCAUCUUCAUUUUCUUUUCUUUUUUUAUUAUGAAAAACUCUUUCUAAUGAGACAUUUCAUGAUAGCGCUGUAGAUUUGAAAAUUGCAAAUUGCUGCAAUUGAGAGCAUGUGUCUUUUUUUCUUUAAACAACAUGGAUGAUGUGCCCCGAUAUAUGUAUUUAAUGAGAUGUUUUGUCCUUCCAUAGAAA